AUGUCAGAAGAAGCAACUAUUGAAGAUGAAUCUGAAGAUGAACAACAAAUACCUUCAUCUAGACCUCAAACUGAACAAGGUCUUUUACAAUGGUCAUUUAUUUUUCAAAUUUUAAUGAAACAAUGGGUAAUUUUUUUAUUAUUAUCAAUAGCAAUAGCUAUUUUUCUUUAUUUAAAUGCACGACAACGACGCAAUAAAAAACAAAUUAGUUCAACAAUUCGUCAUGAUCAUGUUCAAGGUGGAAACAAAGAAAUUUCAAGAAAAACACAAAAUAAACGAAACUAA